CAGAUAAGAUGAACGAAUUGGGUUUGGGAAUUUGGGUAAUUUGUGGGAAAUUAUGAAAACAUUGAGGGGACAUAUGUUAAGUGAUUUAAGUUAGGGUUAGGAUUAUAACAACUUAAUCUAUGUUAAUUAAAUUUUAAUUUUUGUUUAUUUUUUAUUUUUUUAUUUUUUUAAAGCCACAUCAUCAUCAUUUAUCCAGUCAUCAUGCCAUUUCAUCACUCGCCGGAGGUUCGGGCUCCAUACGUUUUUCAUUCACGAGGACCUUUUGCACAAAUUUUUCCGGUCAGGGACUACCUCAGACGACGACACAAAGACAGAGACUAAUAUGAGGUUUAAACCUUUUCUUUAUUUUGAUAGACAAGACUUGUUGGGCCUUGUGUUGGUGUUUGUUGGCAGUAGUUUCUUCAGCCUUUUGGACAAAAAAUAAGCCUUUUACAGACACAAACAAAGCUCACCACCGCUAAUGGCACCGUGCCAUCAAAACAGGUCACAAGUUACCUUGAAUUUCAACAAUUUCAUUCCUCUAUGGGAAUUCGAAACCUCUGCAAAAUCCUCAGGUUCUUCUCAACUCCUCACCCUUGCACCACUUUCCUCUUCGCUCACUUCUUCUCCAACGCCACCCCACCUUCAACAACCCUUUUCCACUCUCCAACUUCGUGCUUCCAUAUUGAUGAUGGCCACUCAUGCUUGAAGCUUGGUUUGCAGUUUCUCACUCGUAGGUAUUUUUCCUCGUACCCAUGUUCUUCUUUUAAGGGUAGACCGUAUGCUAGUGCGAAACAAGUUUCUGAAAUUGUUGCGUUGAUUCGUGAGGGUGUGAAUGAUUUGGAGUUCAGCUUGAACAGGGUGAAUGUGUCUUUGUCUAUGGCAUUGAUUGUUGAGAUUUUUCAUAUAUUGGCUAGUGAGAGAGUGUCUGCAUUGCAGUUCUUUCAUUGGCUUAAAGGUUCACACCCUGAGCUUUGUUGUGACCCUCAGAUUGGUGGCUUGGUUGUUAAUAAUUGUGGGUUGUUGGGGAAUUAUGAGGCAAUGGUUCCCAUUUUGAAUGAAUUUAAUCAUAGAAGGGUGCAUUUGGGAAGGAAUGCAUUUGGGUUCUUGUUGGUUUUGAAUUUGGACAAGGCCUCUACUGUGGAAUGUGUGAGGAAGAUUAUGGAUGUGCUCAAUGAGGUUGGUGGGUUGUGUCAAAGUUCUGGAAUUCGGUUAUUGAUAGAGAUGUUUACCUUUACGGGAUCUUUUGAUAUAGUUGAGUAUGUGAUAGGAAAAGACAGGAGGAAGGUGAAUCAUUAUAAUGUCUUAAUGAGGGCAGUGUGCAAGAAAGGGGAUUAUGAAAGAGCAGGGUUUUUGGUAAAGGAGAUGAAAAGAAGUGGUUUCGACCCAGACAUGACUACUUAUAAUUUGUUAGUCAGUUGUCUAUGCAAGAAUGGCAAAUUUGCUGAAGCUUGCCAAGUUCUUGAAACUGUGGAAAAGGACCACGGUUUACCCAAAGAGUUUAACUAUAAUAUUCUUAUUAGCUUGUUAUGUAAACAUGGCCAGUUUGAUUUAGCUCGGAAGUUUCUUGACAAAAUCACAUUGAAGGGUAUUGAGCCGUGUAUAUUAACUCAUGCUGCUGUAAUAAAGUCUUAUUUUGAAUUGGGAAAAUAUGAGGAAGCCCAUGAAUAUGUGGUUGGUUCUGCUAGUAAGCAGAGCUAUUCCAGCAAUGCCAACUAUAGCUUACUUGCUACUCUUCAUUUGAAGAAAGGAAAUAUGCUACUUGCCCAAAAGAUUCUUUAUGAGAUGAUGGACAAGGGUCUCAAACCUAAUUUUUCAGUGUUCAAUAAGGUAAGGAAGUGUCUUGAGAAGAAAAAUGAAAUAGGUUUGUCUUUGGAAUUAUCAAGAAGAUACUUGAGCUUGAUUGAAAAAUGAAGGAACAUGCUGGAUCUUGUGUCACAAGAUGCUGUAGUCUCUGUCAGUUUUUGCUUCAUAGUCACUCGGCAUUUGGAGAGUUUGGGCUCGAGAUAUUUGCUUCUUCACUUUUUCCGGAAACUCGCCUAAAGUGGCUUGUCAUGUGAGAAGAAGACUAAUAAAGGCUCUUCAAAUGGAGAAGGCGGGUCAUAUCAGAUGAAAGGUAUUCUGGUUAAAAGGGGUAAAGGAAGAUUACUUUGCAAGACACCACUAAAAAGACAUGACUCUAAAUUAUUUCACUGGAAAUGAAGCUCAGUGAAGUCUGUAGAAGAAAGUUUGGUUGUUGUGGACAGGAGUGGAGGAUAGUGUAUGUCCAUGAGGGCUGUGCAUCCCCACUCCCUCCCCAAAUUUUCCCAAACAACCAUUUUUGUAAUAUUUUUCCUGAAAAUAGUGGAGAUAGUUAAGCUUUGCGGGAUAAACAAA